UGUGCAUCCAUAUCUAAUCUCAAUUAUUCCAACUUACACAUACAUUAAUUCUCUUCUUUCAAACCCCAAAACAAAACAAACCCUUUUUCCUUCUCCAAAUCCACUACUAUGCCGAUCGAUACAUCUGCAAUUUCCGGCCAAAUUGUGUGUGUCACCGGCGCUGGAGGCUUCAUUGCUUCAUGGCUUGUAAAGCUUCUUCUUGAGAAGGGCUACACCGUUAGAGGAACUGUUAGAAAUCCAGAUGAUCAAAAGAAUGCCCAUUUGAAGAACUUAGAAGGAGCUAAAGAGAGGUUGUCUUUAUUUAGCGCUGAUCUUCUUGAUUUUGAUAGCCUUAAAGCAGCUAUUAUGGGCUGUCAUGGUGUUUUCCACACCGCGUCUCCGGUGACUGAUGACCCUGAAAAGGUAGAGCAAGCCAUAAUCGGAACAAAGAACGUCAUGACCGCGGCCGCUGAAGCAAACGUUCGACGAGUGGUGUUCACGUCAUCGAUCGGCACCAUCUAUAUGAACCCUAACCGAAGCCCGGACACAGUGGUGGAUGAGUCUUGUUGGAGUGACCUUGAGUUUUGCAAGAACACCAAGAAUUGGUAUUGCUAUGCAAAGACAAAGGCAGAACAAGCAGCAUGGGAAGUGGCAAAAGAAAGGGGAGUGGAUCUUGUAGUGGUAAACCCAAUGUUGGUAUUGGGGCCUCUAUUGCAAGAAGGAGUGAAUGCAAGUGUGGUUCAUAUAAUGAAGUAUUUGACUGGUUCAGCAAAGACAUAUGUAAAUGCAGUUCAAGGUUAUGUUGAUGUUAAGGAUGUUGCAAAAGCUCAUGUUUUGGUCUAUGAAACUCCAUCAGCAUCAGGAAGAUAUAUUUGUGUUGAGAGUAUGCUUCAUCGUGGAGAUUUGGUUGAUAUUCUUGCCAACUUCUUCCCUCAAUAUCCUCUUCCUACCAAGUGUUCUGAUGAGGUAAAUCCCAGAAAGAAACCUUACAAAUACACAGUGGAGAAGCUAAAGUCAUUGGGAAUGGAGUUCACACCAAUUAAACAAUGCAUAUAUGAAACUGUAAAGAGCCUGCAACAGAAGGGUCAUCUUCCUGAACCCUCCCAACUUCAACAUUGAUUUUUUUUUUUUCUUGAUUUCCAAUCGGCUUAUAUACAUAACCAAAAGUUGUAUUCUUUGGGGAAUUAGCAAACUUUAUGUCCCAAAGUGUAAUUUUAUUGAAUUAUUACCUAAUGCAAAAAUCAUAUUAUUCUUCA